AUGGCCGAAUUACCAUUUAGAAACAGCGUUAGAGCUGAGGAAGUCGACUUUCCUGUAGUCUCCAACGCUCCUCUCCAAGAGGCAGCUCAGAUGCAAAUGCCGUCUCAGAGGGCACUGCCGUCCAUCAGAUUGCAGACUUCCGCUGGCCCCCGUCCCUCACCUCUCGGAAAGGUCGCGAUUCCUAGAGGCCGCUCUGUGGCCAUACAGGGGCGAAAGCGCGUUUCUAGGGCGUGCGAAUCAUGCCGAAUACGCAAGACCAAGUGCAGCGGCGAGACUCCGCAAACGGAUCUUUCGACAAAACUGCAAGCUUGCCAGAAUCUACUGAAGGAAGCGAAACAAUUUGUGCCAGGGCCCACGGCGCAGAAAAUAGCGGAAUAUCUUCAAGAUGACGACUCGGGCUACAUGUCCAACGACGUGGGCUACAUGUCCAAUGACGUGUCCAGCGGGUCGUCGCACAGAGUUAAACGCUCCAAAGACGAAGCAGCAGAUGGAGAAUCCAGUUCAACCUCUUCAGUUGGAUCGUUGGAAUCCUUGGACCAGAUCGAGUAUGAUGUCAACCAAAACGAUCAAUCUCGAGCCACAGGCAAUAUCGGAAAGAGCUCAGAAAUCACAUGGAUUCAAAGACUUGAAAAGGCCGCAGAGCAACACCAGAGCGGUCCGUCCGGCCAAUUUGGCUUCGAUAGUACUUACAAAGAUAGCAGGGCAAGGGAGGAGCCGCAUCCGCACGAAUUGAACUAUCACCUCGACGAUCUUGACAUUGGUGUUUCGGAACCGGUGCAGACAUACUGGUUGCCUCCUCGUCCGCUUGCAGAUACCCUUUUCGAUAUUUAUUUGCGGGUGGUGCAUCCAUAUUUUCCCAUCAUUAAUCGGCCCUUGUUCUGUGAACAAUAUCGGAGCUUCUUCGACAGUUACGCGAUUCCCGGCGACAAAUGGUUAGCAAUUCUCAACAUGAUAUUUGCCAUUGCAUCCACCUACGUGCAGAUGACCGAAUUGGAUCAACACGGAAAUCCACAGGAUCAUUUGCUGUAUUUGACUCGUGCUCGAAUAUUAAGCUUGAACGGAGAAGAUUUAUUUCGUCAUCCAGAUCUUCAGCAAGUCCAGGUCGAAGGCUUAAUCUCGUUCUACCUUCUUUCCACGGAACAAAUUCACAGAGCAUGGAUAAUAUCAUCCUUGGCGAUUCGUUCUGCGGUGUCUCUCGGUAUCAACAUGAAAAGUAGCAGCCGGGCAGUCACCGAUCUUUCCAAGGAGACCCGCAACAGAGUCUGGUGGUCUCUCUUUAACCUUGAAAACAGACUGGGUCUCAUGACUGGUCGCCCUACAUGUGUUUCAGUAAACAUGUGUAGCUCACCCUUUCCGCUACCGCUCAGUGAUGAGCAACUACAAGCACCGCUGGGCAUCCAACUUCUCACCGAUACAGCUUUCCGAGACAAGCGUAUCAAUAACGUCAUGGUUAGCUUGCAUCUUCGGCAGCCGUCUUUUGGCAGAUCCCAUGGCAAAGAGGACAUGGACGAGUCCCGUGAAUGGCUUCGUGGCCUUCCAGUUACACCCGAGCUUGGGUUUCUCUACACCUGCGACCUAGCCAUCUUGGUGCAAGAGCUUUUGGACCAUAUCUACACAGUGAAUUCGGUGCAUCAGACUUGGACUGAUCUCAAAGCCCGUAUCGGCGAUCUGGAUUUCACCAAUAUCACGAAUGAUGACGAAGCUAGAGACGAAAAGACACGGAUGGCAUGCCAAUACUACAGCGCGCGAAUCAUGCUGGGCCGUCCUUGUCUCUGUAAGCCGAAUGAAUCUCUAGACGGUUCCGACGAAGACCAAAAAUUCACCCAACUCAUGGCUGUCUCUACCAUCAGGGCUGCUGCUCAUAUGGCUCAAUUGAUAUCAGGUGUAUUAAGCAAUGAACAGUCAUUCGGGAUCAGUCCAUGGUGGUGUUGUCUUCAUUAUGUCAUGCAGACAGCGGCAGUUUUGAUUCUUGAGCUUUCUCUCAACUCCAUUCACAUGGUAGAGGAAAAGAACAAUAUCCUUCGCCUGGCUAAGGGAUGUGUCCGGUGGCUAUAUCGGACAUCUCAGAAUAGCGUUGCGUCUCACCGAGCUUGGCGGCUUUGCGAUAGCUCCUUGCGUCGGCUUGCGUCGCCAAUGGGGCUUGACGUUAGCGAUUUGCCCUCUUUCCCGAGUCGACAGGGUCAGAACUUGGAAGUGGACACAUUUGGCACUUCUGCUUUCGGAUCCCAUCCUGAGCUACCUGACUACGUCCCGCCUCCGGAUUAUGCCAAUCAACCUCAACCUAUGUCUCCACCGGACGCCCGCAUUGGGGCAGGAAUGGACAACCCCCCUUUUCAAUCGGACCCCCUUACCCAGAAAUUGUUGGAUUCUUUCUUGACCGGAUUUGAAAGUGAUGACUCGCAAACACAAUAA